AUUGUAAACAUUACAUCAUGCUGCAUCACGCAGGAAAAAUACAUAUAUUUUAAAACUAGUUUUCAUUGUAUGCAAUCAACACCCGGUUCACCCGGGGCAUGAAUAGAAUCCCCCCCAAUGUUAGUGAACGUACACCUAUACUAUUCGGUGUGACAGAGCGCUCUAUGUUACAGUGAUAUCGAUUGGUUGAAACCUAUUGGGAGAAAGAAGACUUCUUACGUAAUCAGGUCGAGUUUACUUUGAGGAACAGGAGGGACAACUUUCACAUUGCAUUUCGAUGAACGAGGGUAGUGAUAAACGUGGUUUGGGACUGGCCUCAAGUGGAGUUUUCGUGACUUUGUAGGACCUCGGACCCCACGCCCCGACCAACGUUUUAUCGACCUCGGAAUAGCAGAGCAGAAGGCAAGGGUCUCUUUGGACCAGCAGCAAGCAUGCUAACUUCUCUGUUCGCAUUUGGAACUGUUAUUCAUGCUUGUUAUGCGUAUGAUUUUUUUGAAGUUCGUGGGUAAUCGGGGGAGGGAAACUUAAACUAGAUUUAUUUGUAUUUUUUUUUUUAAAGUCAAAGUAAUUAUGUUGGGGAAUGAGGGGAUCUAUGCAGCGAAGAAGAGGAAGAAACCCAUCCAGAAAAGUCUGACGCAUGCUCCAGGUGACGGUGUGGUAAAGACCAACCCUUCAAAACGUCACCGGAACCGUCUGAACGGGGAGCUGGACCGGCUGACCAGCCUGCUGCCCUUCUCCCCAGAGGUCAGGGGUAGGUUGGACAAAUUGUCCGUCCUGCGGCUCAGCGUGGGAUACGUCAAGGUCAAGAGCUUCUUCCAUGCGACCCUCCAGAAGAAGUGUGAGUGGCCGGCCCCCCCUCUCAGUGGGAACUGGAGGAACGGACGGACAGCCACUUCUAUAGACGGAGUCAGCCUCUCCGAGGGAAACCUACUGCUGCAGGCUCUGAAUGGUUUUGUCUUGGUGGUCACCACUGAUGGCUCUAUCUUCUACACCUCUCCAACCAUCCAGGACUACCUGGGCUUCCACCAGUCUGAUGUGGUGCACCAGAGUGUGUAUGAGCUGAUACACAUGGAUGACAGAGCCAUGUUCAGGUGUCAGCUUCACUUCGCCCUCAAGCCCAAUCAGACCGACUCAGAGGCCGGACCAGAUGCCAUCCAGUCUAGCAGCAGGCCCCACAGUGAGUCUAUGAGCUACCUGACCCAGCACAUCCCUGAAGAGAACAGGUCCUUCCUAGAGAGAAGCUUCUGCUGUCGCUUCCGCUGUCUCCUAGACAACUCCUCCGGCUUCCUGGCGUUGAACUUCCAGGGACGUCUGAAGUAUGUUCGAGGCCAGGGAAGGCUGGGGGAUGACGGGGCCUCGGUCCCCGCUCAGCUGGCCCUGUUUGCCAUCGCCACACCCAUGCAGACCCCAGCUGUCAUGGAGAUCAGGACCAAGACACUCAUUUUCCAGACCAAACACAGACUCGACUUCGCCCCCAUGGGCAUAGAUACUAGAGGUAAAGUGGUGCUGGGUUACUCUGAGACAGAGUUGGUCACUCCAGGCUCAGGUUACCAGUUCAUCCAUGCUGCUGACAUGAUGUACUGCGCAGACAACCACAUCAAAAUGAUAAAGACAGGAGAGACUGGUUUCACCAUCUUCAGGCUGCUGACUAAGGCAGGUGUGUGGGUGUGGGUUCAGGCCAACGCCAGGGUCGUCUUCAAGGCAGGGAGACCCGACUUCAUCAUCGCUCGACAGAAAGCCCUAACAAACAAAGAGGGCGAGGAGCACCUGCAUAAGCGGAGAAUGGAGCUUCCCUUCAACUUUGCCACUGGGGAGGCUCUGCUGUAUGAGUCCUGUCCCUCUCUGAAUACUGCCAUUGUGCCUCCAGGGCCACCCAUCCCCCCUGGUCUCACUCCCCCAGGCUACAGCCCUGAGGACAAGCCCCUGGACCCUGCGUCUCUCCUGGGGUCCCUACUCAGUCAGGACCGCUCUGUUUAUACUCAGCCCCAGGACGCUAAACCUAACCUGGACCUCCAGGUCUUUUCCCCCAACCUAGACACAGCCUUCCCCCAGGACCAGGACCCAGGCCUGGAGAGAGCCUUCCUGGACAGCCACGCUCUGCUGAGUGUCCCUGGGGAGCUCCAGGGGCCCCAGAGGCCCAGCAGGGGAGACCCCACAGCGCAGGCCAUGAUGGACUCUCUGGGGGAGAUCCUGGGGGAGAUGGGGGCGGGGGGCUUGGAGGGGCUGGAGGUGGAGGAGACAGAGCUGAGGGACUGGGAGAGCACUCUCCUCAGGAUCAACAUGGAACAGCAGGAUGUGACGGGGGAGCUGUAUGAUAUCUUAGCCAAUGAUGUGUUCUCCUACGUGGAGGAGGCUCUGAUGAGAGAGCGUGAUGAAGGAUGUGUGAAGGGCAGCUUGGGACAGGGCACUGAGCCAAUCAACAGACUUUCUGCUCACAUCACUGCCAAUCAAAACAUACUACGUGGGUUCCCUCACUCCCAGAGUUCCAUAUUGCCAGGAAACCAGGGGUUCAAUGGCGGGAACGGCUCCCACAGUGAGAACACAUGGCAUUUGGCUGGUCCACACAUGACCUCUAACCUCAACAGCUUUGGAGAGCAGAGGUUGCUAGGAAAUGGAGUUGUUGGUGGUGUGGAGCAAGGGCUGGGGUGUAGUCCUGGGACUGUGAGAGAGCCACGGAGGACUGUAAACACAAACACACUACCCAGAGCUGCUCAGACCGUUGCAGGGCAAUGGACUCAAGGAAGCGGUGCGGAUCUCCAUGGCAACCAAAUUGUCCCACAACCUUCUCAUACUAUCAACCAACCAGAGUCCUGGAUACCCUCCAUCCAAAAUAUAUAUCAUAAUAACCACACCUCUCUCCCUGUCCCUCUCCCAAACUUUAACAACAAUCUCCCUGAGGCCUUUGACCAAACCAUGCAGCCCAGCCUGGAGUUAUACCACUCUGAGACUGGAGAUGCAAACAGGCAGUUCUCAGGGCAGCCCUAUCCAGGUCUGUCAUAUCAGGACCCAAGGCAGUCUUGGCAACAGCCACGGCAACACACACAAUGGCAACCACGGCAGAUACCACAGGGUUUUCCUGCAAAGCCGGUAAACAGACAUCGUCACACACACCCCAAACACAGCACACACAUACCGUCCAAUAACGCAUCCAGAACUCAAACACUCACACACAUACCGUUCAAUAACGCAUCCAGAACUCAAACACUCACACACAUACCGUCCAAUAACGCAUCCAGAACUCAAACACUCACACACAUACCGUCCAAUAACGCAUCCAGAACUCAAACACUCACACACAUACCGUCCAAUAACGCAUCCAGAACUCAAACACUCACACACAUACCGUCCAAUAACGCAUCCAGAACUCAAACACUCACACACACCACACACACACCCUCAGGCAGCUGUAUGUUUGACAAGACAGCUCCAAAUGUCUCCAAUCCCUCCAGCCCCCUUACAACUGCCCCAAGCAGAUCACACGAUCUCAUACCUGCUCCCACUCACUACAAUGGACCCAGACCCUCUCCCACUCUUUCCAAUUACUGUAGAACCAGCUCCUCAACCCAGGCCCCCAAAGUCUUUAUGACUUACCCUCAAGCGUCCAUAAUCCCAAGAGCUACCAACUCUUAUCCCCAAGACUCCAUUCCUAACCUAACCUACCCCCCAGCCUCCAUCCCCACCCCCAUCCCCACCCCCAUCCCCGCCCUAUCCAGAGGGGCUCAGACGGAUAAGGACACAGGAGCUAUCCCUGCCUGGUCUGGGGCUCCGUACCUGGGCAUGAAGCAGCUCCCAGGCCCCUUUCCCAGCCCCAAGCAGGUUCCCCAGAGCACAUGGGGAAAUGGCAGCUGUAGUGAUCCCAGUGAAAGAAGCUUGAUGCUGGGUCAGAGGGGGUUGGAAGAAAGCCUCCUUCCUGGAGGUCCGACGCCAGGAUUUCCUCCUGAGAACGGAUCUGUAGAGUCAUCUUUAUUCUACUGGAAUGGACAAACACAGGUCCCUGCCGGUCCUGAUGGUGAUGUGGAUCCUUUUCUCUUUACUGGCAACAUCUCCUAGAUUCUCUAGGACUAAGAGGAACCUACAAGUAACCAUCUCCACAAUGGAACCACCAACAUCUUUUGGACUCUAGGACCUACCUUGGAACCACCAAUAUCUUUUGGACUCUAGGACCUACCUUGGAACCACCAACAUCUUUUGGACUCUAGGACCUACCUUGGAACCACCAACAUCUUCUGGAAGAAUACAACUGUACAAAAACCAGCACCUCUAUUGAAGACUGUUGGAGCUGGAUAAUAUUCUAUAUUAUAUUUAAUUUCCUUGUCCAGUUGAAGGGUGCUGCUUUCCAGCCAUGGACAGCCACCGGUUUAAUGUUCAGACUAGGGCUGUUACGGUGACCGUAUUACUGCCACGGUGACCGUAUUACUGCCAGACCGGCAGUCACUAGUCAUGACCGCAGUCAAUUUCCAUGUGACCAUUUAGUCACGCUAACUAGGCUUCUCCCAGCUCUGAUGCUGCUGAUGGUCAUAACUGCUUGGCACUCAGCACUCUAUUGUCCCUCUAAUCACUCUGGCAUCAAUGCAAAUGUAAUUGAAAAUCAAAUCAAACACUUCAUGAGCUGUGGAAUUGCGAGAGAAAACAGAGUGAUGGCCUCUAUUAAAAAGAGGAGGAUCCCAUCAGCUUUCUAUUUUUCAACUUUCCUAAUAUUAAGCACAUUGCUUCGCUUUACAACAGGAGUAUAGCCUACCUGGCUGGCAUGAAAAUGAACCACGUAAAAGAGUCUUCCAUUCGCUAUUUAAGUGCGUAGAUGACAUGUAUUUUUUCCCCCUGCCCCUGUUCCGAGACAGGUGCAUGAUCAUGGUCCAUUCUAAAUCCAAACUAAUUUCACACAUAUAUUAUUUAGUAUAUGUAAAGACAAUAUUAAAUUAAGAAUAGUCUGAAUAUUAGCCUUUCACUUGUGAAUGAUGCCCAGCAGGUGUAGUAAGGCAACAAACAGCGCAUUCCUUUUUUGUUGUUGACUUUUUCAAAUCCUAGGCACACACCUCAUGUAGCCUAGCCCAUAGGCCUAUAUAUGUUGAAAGGGUUUGUAUCACAACUAAAGUGGCCAAAUAACUUCUUAAAAUGAAGAACAUUAAUCCGCUUAACAACUGGUGUAGAGCAUACAUGGAAUACAUAGGCGGCACUGGCAUACAUAGGCGGCACAUGAGUUUCAAGUUUGUGGAAGAUAAUUUUCCCCCAUAAAAUGCACUUUAAUAAUAAAGCAUUACAGGCGUAAUCACUUUUGAGGUCACUUUUUAGAAUUGUGUUUUCUUGUUAAUUGAUUUCAUUUUGGAAUUCAUGCUUAUAGCGUUCAUGCUUAUAGCGUACUGCCGUGUGCGCAUUGCUGUUCUUAUAAUGUGAAGAAAUAGCCUAAUAGUUUAUCAACAUUUUAAGCUAAACUUUCUGAUCUGUUGCAUCAGCCUCAUUGCUUUUAAAAUGUUUUAUUGAUUUGGGAUCUAGCGCAUCUCACAACUGUCCCAGACCAUGCUUUGAAUAUUUCUUUCUCACACAGAAUAGGUAGAAUAGAAUAGGUCAACUUCUGUACUAUGGGGGAUAGUAGGUUGACAUAGGCUAGUGGUUUUGCUGUUGGUUAGGACAACUCAUCUUGUUUGCUGAUGAAAAGUCAAUGUGGACAGUUCUUCUAACAUCUUCAAAAUGGGCCUGGGAUUUGAUGAGAAGGAAGCACUCAGUUGCGUCCUCAAUAUGUCUGUCUUCACUUGUAGCCUACUUCAGAGCUGAGAUGCCUGUGAGAAGGACCCGAUCACCGUGACGGGCAUUGCCUAAUAAGAAUUGAUAUAUCUGAGAGAGCCAUGUGAUUGAGAGAUCAAAUUUAUUUAUAUAGCCCUUCGUACAUCAGCUGAUAUCUCAAAGUGCUGUACAGAAACCCAGCCCAAAACCCCAAACAGCAAGCAAUGCAGGUGUAGAAGCACAGUGGCUAGGAAAAACUCCCUAGAAAGGCCAAAACCUAGGAAGAAACCUAGAGAGGAACCAGGCUAUGAGGGGUGGCCAGUCCUCUUCUGGCUGUGCCCGGUGUAGAUUAUAACAGAACAUGGCCAAGAUGUUCAAAUGUUCAUAAAUGACCAGCAUGGUCAAAUAAUAAUAAUCACAGUAGUUGUCGAGGGUGCAGCAAGUCAGCACCUCAGGAGUAAAUGUCAGUUGGCUUUUCAUAGCCGAUCAUUAAGAGUAUCUCUACCGCUCCUGCGGUCUCUAGAGAGUUGAAAACAGCAGGUCUGGGACAGGUAGAACGUCCGGUGAACAGGUCAGGGUUCCAUAGCCGCAGGCAGAACAGUUGAAACUGGAGCAGCACCACGGCCAGGUGGACUGGGGACAGCAAGGAGUCAUCAUGCCAGGUCGUCCUGAGGCAUGGUCCUAGGGCUCAGGUCCUCCGAGAGAGAGAAAGAGAGAAUUAGAGAGAGCAUACUUAAAUUCACACAGGACACCGGAUAAGACAGGACAUUGCAUUGCAGUGCUAGCUGUGCCACUAGAGAUUCCGGGUUCGAGUCCAGGCUUUGUCUCAGCCGGCCGCGGGAGACCCAUGGGGCGGCGCAUAAUUUGCCUAGCGUCGUCCGGGUUAGGGGAGGGUUGGGCCGGCAGGGAUGUCCUUGUCACAUCGCGCACAAGCGACUCCUGUGGCGGGCUGGGCGCAGUGCAUGCUGACCAGGUCACCAGGUGUACGGUGUUUCCUCCGACACAUUGGUGCAGCUGGCUUCCGGGUUAAGUGGGCAUUGUGUGAAGAAGCAGUGUGGCUUGGUUGGGGACGCACGGCUCUCAACCUUCGCCUUUCCCGAGUCCAUACGGGAGUUGCAGUAAUGAGACAAGACUAUAACUGGCAAUUGGAUACCAUGAAAUUGGGAAUAUUUAUUUUUAUUUUUAUUAUUAUUAUUAUUUUUUAUUUAAUUUUUUUAUCCCAUUUUCUCCCCAAUUUUCGUGGUAUCCAAUCGCUAGUAAUUACUAUCUUGUCUCAUCGCUACAACUCCCGUACUGGCUCGGGAGAGACGAAGGUCGAAAGCCAUGCGUCCUCCGAAGCCCAACCCAACCAAGCCGCACUGCUUCUUAACACAGCGCGCCUCCAACCCGGAAGCCAGCCGCACCAAUGUGUCGGAGGAAACACAGUGUACCUGGCCCCCUUGGUUAGCGCGUACUGCGCCCGGCCCACCACAGGAGUCGCUGGAGCGCGAUGAGACAAGGAUAUCCCUACCGGCCAAACCCUCCCUAACCCGGACGAUGCUAUGCCAAUUGUGCUUCGCCCCACGGACCUCCCGGUCGCGGCCGGCUGCGACAGAGCCUGGGCGCGAACCCAGAGACUCUGGUGGCGCAGUUAGCACUGCGAUGCAGUGCCCUAGACCACUGCGCCACCCGGGAGGCCCUGAAUAAUUUUUUUGAUUUUAUUUUUUUAAUACAAUUUUUUUUUACAAAAAAAAAGCUAAUGUUUCAUACAACUUUUUCAAAUCAUCAUUAGUUGCAUCAUGUAGUCUUAGAAUGUAUAAAAGUCUAACCAUAUAGCCCAGCGUUUGUAUCACAACUAAAGUUUCAUAACUCUAAAUGAAGCAUAUAGGAGGACCAGUUUCUUUGUUAACCAAUCAACACAGGACCUAACAUAAGAACAACUCAGAGUAUGCUAUUCUGUUCUUCUGAAAUAGACUACAUUUUCUUGAUGUUUCUUUAGACCUGUCUAAAAUAAAAACAUUAUUUAUUGUGAAGGUGUAGGCUAUAUUACAUUGAUUUAUUAUACUUAAAAAAAAAUGUAGUUCCAAAAUUCUGCAUAAGUGGCUUGUAGGCUAUGUGUGGAAGCCAGGUGAUACUAAGUAUGUUUAUGUUAAUUACGGUAAAUUACCGUGAGACCGCCAGUUAUUUGCUUGACAAUCACCGGCUGACAAAAUGUCAUGACCGCCACAGCCCUAGUUCAGACUCUGUGUUAGUGGCAUAGUGACUGCAGCUGAGGGUCCAUUCAGAUGGACAGAAGAUGUCUACAUAUAUGAAAUUUCAUCAUCGAUACAAAGGACUUCACUCUCCCCACCACAUGACAAUGUGAAUUUAUCAACACAACAUCUGUUUUAGCAGGAUCUGUCUGUGUUUUCAAAGUCAUUUUCUCUCCCACACUAGCCUGGCCAUUCUGUCAGCUCAACUUGAGUUUCUUGUGCACUUCUCAUCAUGUUUUCUUUUUUGUCUGUUUCCAUUCCAAGAAACAAGAUGGCUGAACCUCUAGCUUUAAAGACAGACGCGAGGUAAUGUUUUUUGGAAGUUGCAAAGGCUUUUAAAAAAUGUUUUAAACCCACAUAGAGCAGUUUGAGUAUGAUUGAGUGUCCAUGUUGAUAGGAUAAGCAUCAAAAGGAGUGCAUUGUGUUGGUUGUUUGUUUUUAACGUGUUUGGUGUCAUAUUGUUGUGGUCUUCAAAGACAUCUUAUUGUGUUGAUAUUAUUGUUUCUGUUCAAGCUUUAGCUGACUGGCCUGUAGCCCUAAAACAUCAGCACUACCAGGAAACAGCCUGCCUGCUGCUUGUGCCUUAGCCAUAGACUGUCCCAAUAUGUUAGAGAUCACAUAUAGCACUUAAUUGGUCAACCAUUGACUUUAUUACAUUAUGAUUGUUUUACAUGUGUAACCAUUUACAAAUACCCAACAAAUCAUGCUUAACUUGUAAUUGACUUAUACGAUAAGUAUGUAUAACAUUAAAUGUGUAACAUACUGUAUAUGAAUACUGGAGGUUAUGAAUGGUUGGACAGGUUUCUAGCUAUUCACUAAGUAAACAAUUUGUACAUUUGGUGAUCAUUUUGAGAUUUUUAUAAAAGUUGCACGAAGCUGUUUUGAAGACACCAGCCCAGAUCCGCACUCUGUAUUUUGAAAUAAACAGUACUAAUGUCCAGUAGUCAUAGGAGUUAGAGGACUUUCUACUGUAUCUGACACAUCAACUAUAUAUCCCCUUCAUCCCUGGAUGCUGGUUGAUCACAGUAUCCUGCAUUAUUGUAAAAAGAUAUGUUCGAUAUGUUAUAUUGGAACCCUGGUGAGCAGAGGAGGGGGGUAGUUCGAUAUGUUAUAUUGGAACCCUGGUGAGCAGAGGAGGGGUGUAGUUUGAUAUGUUAUAUUGGAACCCUGGUUAGCAGAGGAGGGGUAAUUUGAUAUGUUAUAUUGGAACCCUGGUGAGCAGAGGAGGGGUAGUUUGAUAUGUUAUAUUGGAACCCUGGUGAGCAGAGGAGGGGUAGUUUGAUAUGUUAUAUUGGAACCCUGGUGAGCAGAGGAGGGGUAGUUUGAUAUGUUAUAUUGGAACCCUGGUGAGCAGAGGAGGGGUAGUUUGAUAUGUUAUAUUGGAUCCCUGGUGAGCAGAGGAGGGGGGUAGUUCGAUAUGUUAUAUUGGAACCUUGGUGAGCAGAGGAGGGGUAGUUUGAUAUGUUAAAUUGGAACCCUGGUGAGCAGAGGAGGGUUAGUUUGAUAUGUUAUAUUGGAACCUUGGUGAGCAGAGGAGGGGUAGUUUGAUAUGUUAUAUUGGAACCCUGGUGAGCAGAGGAGGGGUAGCAGAGGAGGGGUAGUUUGAUAUGUUAUAUUGGAACCCUGGUGAGCAGAGGAGGGGUAGUUUGAUAUGUUAUAUUGGAACCCUGGUGAGCAGAGGAGGGGUAGUUUGAUAUGUUAUAUUGGAUCCCUGGUGAGCAGAGGAGGGGGGUAGUUCGAUAUGUUAUAUUGGAACCCUGGUGAGCAGAGGAGGGGGGUAGUUCGAUAUGUUAUAUUGGAACCCUGGUGAGCAGAGGAGGGGGGUAGUUCGAUAUGUUAUAUUGGAACCCUGGUGAGCAGAGGAGGGGUGUAGUUUGAUAUGUUAUAUUGGAACCCUGGUGAGCAGAGGAGGGGGGUAGUUUGAUAUGUUAUAUUGGAACCCUGGUGAGCAGAGGAGGGGUAGUUUGAUAUGUUAUAUUGGAACCCUGGUGAGCAGAGGAGGGGGGUAGUUCGAUAUGUUAUAUUGGAACCUUGGUGAGCAGAGGAGGGGUAGUUUGAUAUGUUAUAUUGGAACCCUGGUGAGCAGAGGAGGGGUAGUUUGAUAUGUUAUAUUGGAACCCUGGUGAGCAGAGGAGGGGUAGUUUGAUAUGUUAUAUUGGAACCCUGGUGAGCAGAGGAGGGGUAGUUUGAUAUGUUAUAUUGGAACCCUGGUGAGCAGAGGAGGGGUAGUUUGAUAUGUUAUAUUGGAACCCUGGUGAGCAGAGGAGGGGUAGCAGAGGAGGGGUAGUUUGAUAUGUUAUAUUGGAACCCUGGUUAGCAGAGGAGGGGUAGUUUGAUAUGUUAUAUUGGAACCCUGGUGAGCAGAGGAGGGUUAGUUUGAUAUGUUAUAUUGGAACCCUGGUGAGCAGAGGAGGGGUAGUUUGAUAUGUUAUAUUGGAACCCUGGUGAGCAGAGGAGGGGUAGUUUGAUAUGUUAUAUUGGAACCCUGGUUAGCAGAGGAGGGGUAGUUUGAUAUGUUAUAUUGGAACCCUGGUGAGCAGAGGAGGGGUAGUUUGAUAUGUUAUAUUGGAACCCUGGUGAGCAGAGGAGGGGUAGUUUGAUAUGUUAUAUUGGAACCCUGGUGAGCAGAGGAGGGGUAGCAGAGGAGGGGUAGUUUGAUAUGUUAUAUUGGAACCCUGGUGAGCAGAGGAGGGGUAGUUUGAUAUGUUAUAUUGGAACCCUGGUGAGCAGAGGGGUAGAAAAUAACCAUUGUGUAGCUCUUUUUGUCACAUAUUGUUUGCAUUUUGUCAGUUUUGACAAACUAGUGACUAUGUACUUCUAAAUAAUAUCUGAAACACUUUAGAAUAUGUUGCUUUGUGUGUCUCACUCAUCCAGCCCUUAAAAGAGCCUAAUAGGAUACUACAGUAACGACUUGUCAAUAUGACUGGCUUUGUGCAUUGAAAAGAUAGACUAGAAAAUGUUCCACAUUGAUAUAAUUUUGCCCUCUAACCUAGUGUUGCCAAACAAAUGGGAAAUGCAGUAAACAUUGUCUUCAGGGCUGAGAAUGAGAUUUAAUCAUUUAUCUUGGAUGUGAUUAAUUAAAAUUAUUUGUCAUUUA